AUGGCGGUGCUGCCUGCGGAGCUGCAGCCAGGCACCAGCCUGCCCAUGGGGGAGAUGCCACCAGCCAGGAGCUUCUGCAACACGAGCAAUGUUUUGGGGGCUGAUCUGCUGGGCUGCAGCUACUCCAUUGCUGACCCGCAGCUGGUCCGGAGGAUUGUGUCCCAGGUGGAGUUCUACCUCUCUGAUGAGAACCUGGCCAAGGAUGCCUUCCUCCUGAAACAUGUCCAGAAGAACAAGAUGGGCUUUGUCAGCAUCAAACUGCUGACAUCCUUCAAGAAGGUCAAAUACCUGACCCGUGACUGGCGGCUCACGCUCUAUGCCCUGCAGUUCUCGGAGCUGCUGGAGGUGAAUGAGGAGGGCACCAAAGUGAGGCGGCGGGUCCCUGUCCCCGAGUCCUUGCUGAGCAUCCCUCCCAGCAAACUGCUGCUGGCCUGGGAGCUGCUGCCCCAGGAGCAGGACACACUGAUGCCACUUCAGAAGAACUUCCUGGAGACCAUCACAAGGAUGUUCAGCCCCUUUGGAGCCAUCGCCUCCAUCCGCAUCCUGAGGCCGGGCCGCAAGCUACCCUCCGAUGUACGGAAAUACACGUCACGUUUCCCUGAGCUGCUGAGCAAGUGCUGCGCGCUGGUGGAGUACGAGAGCUUGGAGAGUGCCCGCAGGGCCUUUGAGGACCUCUGUCACCAAAGCUUCCCAGGCGGUGAGAGCAUCAGGGUAGUCCGACUCUGCGGGAAGGGCCUCAAGAAGAAACCUGGGGCUGAGAAGGAAGUGGCAGAGCAGCUGGUGAAGCACCCAGGUUGGGAGGAGAAGGCAGUGGCCACAGCGUUUCCCUAUACCAACGGGGACACCCUGCUCCGCAGCUCUUUGGAGUCAGAGGGUACCCCAGCAUCACUGCCCUUCCUCCUGAAAAAGGACCCCCCAGCAGCCACCUGGCCCAGCAGCAACUUGAAGCCCGGUGACUUGGACAAGGCCUUCACCGGAUCGCUCUUCGCUAGCAAAGUCUUCCCUCCGCUCGGAAAAGGCUUAGGCACAAGCAGCUGCCGUGGGCUCUGCUCCAGCACCGAGAGCCCCUGCGGCUGGGGGUGUGGGGCGAGUGCCUGGGCAGCCUGGUGCAGCAGACCUUCUCUGGAUGCCAAACCUCCUCCUGGAUAUCGCCCACCAGCAACGGGAGUGCCUGAGCCCCUUUUCCUGUGGGACAGGCUGCUUCGUGUGCCCAAUGGCCCUGAUGGCACCAAGGGCCUCAGCAGCACCUUUGGGAGAGGAGAGCCCAUCCAACAGAACUAA